AAAAAAAAACUCUUUCACUACUCAUUUUUCCAAAAUUUUAAUUCAAAGCAUUAAUUAUCCAUCAACAAGGCAUGGACACGUCAAACCCUGCAGUCUUUGUCAAUGCUGAGUUCCUCAAGGAGCAUGUAGGACGGAGGGUUCGAACAGUGAUUCAGGUUAUUCAAUCUGAUGGUGAUAAAGUCAUUGGAAAAUCCACAGAUGAAAAAGAACUAGUUGUGAAAGGAUAUCCACCUAAUUCUCUUUCAACUUUUGUUGAAGUAAUUGGUAUUGCUGAUACUACCCAGUCUAUUGAAGCAGAAACUUGGACCAAUUUUGGUGAUACACUUGAUGUUAAUAGCUAUGACAAAGUUUGCAGACUGGCAAAUGGGGACCAUAAGCACUUGUUUAUCUAAGGAAUGGUGAUCGGAUGCUAUAAAAAGACGAUAUGUUCUUCUUUCUGCUGCAUUCUUCCAGUGUUUCGAUGUAUUAUAGUAGUUUGAAGUAUUUUGAAAUUUUGGAUCUUCACCUUCUGUUUUAGGUAGUUCAUCAUCAGAAGUUUAGCUCUUAAUUUACUUGAUGGAAACUUGUUAUUCUUCAACUUAUGCUAUUUGAUAUUUUGAACACUAAUGUUAUGGUUCCACUAGCUAGCUAGUCAAUUUGACUUCAAACAAACUGUGUUUCAUAAGUUGUAAGCAUGGAGCAUGUCCUACAAAAUGCUAUAGUUCUGGAA